CUUUUCCUUUGUACCCAGACACUCUGUUUUCCAGGAUCCCUGGGCAGGGACACCUCCUGUUUCCUCUAGGCCUCCCCUAAACCGGCCCUUAGGGUAUGCAGAGGCAGCUGCCAGGACCACAUACCCCCAGCAGGCCCAAGGAGGGCCACAAUCCUCAACUUCAUCUUGGAGGACCAGGGAGAGCCGCAUUUGUCACCCAGAGAGGCCGGGGACUCCGCAUGGACAGGCAGCGCGUGUGCAGGGCCAAGGUCUGCCCAGGGCUGGGCAACUCCAGCGUUUGUGCCGCUCCUGCUCUGGCAGGUGGAGGAGCUGGGCGGGCCAGAGCGGCUGUGGGAGCCAUGCUCAGAGGGCGUGGCCCCACUGUGAGCCGCAGGCCUGAGGACACUGAGAAGUAAAGCUGUGUUCCCCUUCAGGGGCUGCUGCUGCUGGGUCUGGCAGAGACAGUCCUGGGGGAGGGCAUCGGGGAGCGCCCACCCAGUAAGGUGGGCAAUGCCUGGUAUAGGCAGGUGGGAGGGCGGGGCCCCCUAGGGUCGGGGUCCUUGAGGAGGGGGUGACCCAGGAGGGGGCUCAUCCACAUGGGUACCUGUAUCAGCCCACAGCUCCAAGGGGUGAAUAAUUGAAGGGCAGGUCACACGAGCCCGCCUGUCAUAGGAUGCCUUCCCUGCCGGAUCCGGUUACGCCCCAGAUCACAUUCUGACAUCCCGAGCUGGUGAAUAAUUAAGCUGCCACUCCUCUGAGAAAGGACUCCAUCUCCAGGUCCCUCUCCGCAGCUUCCUCGCUGCCAGCCAAGCCGUGGGCACCUGAGGGACUACCUACCACUGCUCCUGGCUGUGCCAUCGCCACCAGCUCCCAGCCUCCUACUCAGACCCGGGACAGCCCCUCCAUGGCCCCCGAGAUGGACCAGUUCUACAGGUCCACCAUGGCCAUCUACAAGAGCAUCAUGGAGCAGUUUAACCCCGCCCUGGAGAACCUGGUGUACCUGGGCAACAACUACCUGCGUGCCUUCCACGCUCUGUCCGAGGCGGCCGAGGUCUACUUCAGUGCCAUCCAGAAGAUUGGGGAGCGUGCCCUGCAGAGCCCCACCUCACAGAUUCUGGGGGAGAUCUUGGUGCAGAUGUCUGACACCCAGCGGCACUUGAACUCUGACCUGGAGGUUGUGGUGCAGACAUUCCAUGGAGACCUGCUGCAGCACAUGGAGAAGAACACCAAGCUGGACAUGCAGUUCAUCAAAGACAGCCGCCAGCACUAUGAGCUCGAGUACCGCCACCGAGCGGCCAACCUGGAGAAGUGCAUGUCUGAGCUGUGGCGCAUGGAGCGCAAGAGGGACAAGAAUGUGCGGGAGAUGAAGGAGAGUGUGAACCGGCUGCACGCCCAGAUGCAGGCCUUCGUGUCUGAGAGUCAGCGGGCGGCUGAACUGGAAGAGAAGCGGCGCUAUCGCUUCCUGGCAGAGAAGCACCUGCUACUUUCCAACACCUUCCUGCAGUUCUUCGGCCGGGCCCGGGGGAUGCUCCAGAACCGCGUGCUGCUGUGGAAGGAGCAGUCUGAGGCCAGCCGCAGCCCGUCGCGCGCCCACUCCCCCGGCCUGCUGGGCCCCGCACUGGGGCCGCCCUACCCCUCGGGCCGCCUGACGCCCACCCGCCUGGACAUGCCCCCGAGGCCCCUGGGAGAGUUCAGCUCCCCCCGCAGCCGGCACGGCUCCGGCUCCUACGGCCCCGAGCCCGACGCGAGGCCCGCGUCCCAGCUGGAGCCAGACCGUCGCUCCCUGCCCCGCACGCCGUCGGCCUCCUCGCUCUACAGCGGCAGCGCCCAAAGCUCGCGCUCCAACUCCUUUGGCGAGCGCCCGGGCGGCGGCGGGGGCGCCAGGAGGGUCCGCGCCCUGGUCUCCCACUCGGAGGGCGCCAACCACACGCUGCUGCGCUUCUCCGCCGGGGACGUGGUGGAGGUGCUGGUGCCCGAGGCCCAGAACGGCUGGCUCUACGGCAAGCUGGAGGGCUCGUCCGCGAGCGGCUGGUUCCCCGAGGCCUACGUGAAGGCUCUGGAGGAGGGGCCAGUGACCCCCAUGACCUCCAUGUCCCCCAGGACGCCCAUGAACCCCGGGAACGAGCUGCCUUCCAGGUCCUACCCACUCCGGGGCAGCCACAGCCUCGAUGACCUCCUGGACCGGCCGGGCAACUCCACAGCACCCUCGGAGUACUGGGAUGGCCAGUCCCGCUCCCGCAUCCCAAGCCGGGUGCCAAGCCGUGCCCCCAGCCCUGCACCUCCACCCUUGCCUAGCAGCCGCCGCAGCAGCAUGGGCAGCACAGCCGUUGCCACUGACAUCAAGAAACUGAUGUCCUCAGAGCAGUACCCGCCACAGGAGCUCUUCCCAAGGGGCACAAAUCCUUUUGCCACCGUCAAGCUUCGUCCCACCAUCACCAAUGACCGCUCAGCACCCCUCAUCCGCUGAGGCGGGGUCCGAGGUCGUACCCCACAGUGUACCUGCCCAGGGGCUGUUCAGAGCUGGCAGUGGCAGUGACAGCAGCAACAGCAGCAGAUCCAAGAAGCGGGACCCUGAGACGGGGGGUGGCUGCCCUUCCCCAGACCACCCCGGCAGCCUGAGCAGCUCCAAAGCACUGGCUUGGGGUCCGAGACCUUCAAAGUAAAGCAGGCGGAAUGGGGGGACAGGACAAUUUCUCCCCCUCCAGGGGCUCCAGGAAUCUCCCUGGGGGGCCCACCUCUUGCCCCCUAACUUCUUUCCCCCUUUUCUGCCCCCGUGGGGAGGAACCCCUUGUACGUGCUCCGUGCCCAACACAUGCCCUGUCUGUACAUCUUUUGUAAUGAUGAGAAAUAAAGGAAGUGGAUGCAAAGUGA